UCGUGAAGAGACCUUGGCUACGAUUGGUCCCUGCGUGAUAAGGUUUUAAUUUUGAAUUGUUCUACAUGGCGAGGGAGAGGCCACUACCCGGACUCCAUCUAAUCCCGAGCUCUUAGACUAAAAUCAUGCCCAAGUUCAAGCAACGAAGAAGAAAGCUAAAAGCCAAAGCCAAAAGAUUAUUCAAAAAAAGAGAAGUCUCUCACUUUCAGCCCAAGCUAAUUAUACCUCCUCCUCAGCUACCCUCACCAGAAAGAGUGGUUACUCCUUCAGCAGAUAUACCCCUUAGCAGAAGCUGGCUAAGAUCAUCCUGGAACUUCAAAUUUCCCAAUAUCAAAGAUACAGUAAAACUUUGGACAAAUAGAGUGUGGUCUAUAUACAACUGGUGCCAGAACUGCAUGGCCCAGAGUUUAGAAGUAUUGAAAGACACCAUCUUUCCAUCCCGUUUCUGCCACCGAGAACUUCACAGUCUGAAACAACGGUUUUGCAUUUUGGAAAAUCAAUUAUGCAAGCUCCAGGAAACUCUGAAGGCUAUCUUGGAAAAUUCUUCCUGCCCAAACUGUGGUCAGACAUGUCACAUAAGUGGUAAACUUACAAAUGUUCCUGCCUGUGCUCCAACCACCCCUGGAGAAUCUAGAGCUGUACUUCCUCCCACGCUGCCACAGCCAGCCACCCAUCUUCCUCCUCUUCCACCUCCGCCUCCACCCCCUCCACCUCCUCCUCUACCUCCACCUCCACCACCUAUAGCACCUUUGCUGCUCAGAAAAUCCAGUCGCACUAAAGCACUUCAGGCUGGACCAUUAAAAAAAGAUGGACCCAUGCAAAUAACAGUUGAAGAUCUACUGACUGUGAAAUUAAAGAAGACACAGUGUUUUGAUGAAAGGAAGAAGCUUGUAUCAUCACCAAAGACACGGAAUCCACUAGUUACUGUCUCUGACCUGCAGCAUGUCACCCUGAAACCCAACUCCAAAGUGCUAUCAACUCGAGUUACAAAUGUCUUAAUUACUCCUGGUAAAAGCCAGAUAGAUCUGCGGAAACUACUUAGAAAAGUUGACGUAGAGAGGAGCCCAGGUGGAACCCCACUUACGAAUAAAGAAAAUAUGGAUACAGGAACUGGACUGACUCCAGUAAUGACCCGGGCCUUGAGGAGAAAGUUUCAGAUGGCUCACCCUAGAAGCCCAACUCAAACUCUGCCACUUUCUACAAACAGCUUUGAUGAACAAAACUGAUGUCAACUCAGCCUGACUCCGUGUGAUGAUCCAUAAAAUACACAGAUAAAAUCACCCCAAUCCUUUUUUUUAAUAUAGUAGAGUAGGUAUAAGUAAUUAUACUAAUAUAUAAUUCCAUCUAAAGAAUUAAAGUAUGUGUGGAGCCCCCAUACAUACUAUAAUACAAAGUGAGUAUUUGGAUAUUUUUUAGUUUGCAUGAUCAAUAAGAGAACAGAUAGGAAAAUGCAAUCCCCAAAGUGAUGUUUAUCCUGGAAUUACCCAAUUAGGUUGGAGAGGUUGUUCACAUUUAACUAGAUAACAGAUUUGUAUUCAAUAGGUAGAGUUAUGACAUUAAAGUAAACUGAUCCCCAUUCAUCUUGCGUAUCCUCAGGUAAUUAAAAAGAAAAGUUAUUUCAUCCUGUAACGCUAAUGAAUUCUCUAAGUGCUACAGACUUGAUCAGUAAAAAAGUCUGAUUGUAAACAGAAAUCAUUUAUUUGAUCAAAUAAAUGUAUUCUAUUUACUAUAAACAGUUUUCUGUUUACUAUAAACAGUUAAGAGGUAAGACCUUUCCCCCUCCCAACCCAGUUAUUUUCCAAAAGGAUGUGAAGCAAAAUGUCCAAAAUAACCUUAAAAUUUAGAACAUAUCAUUUCUAGCAUUUAGAAAUGAUAUCUAGGUAGUUCUAUCUGGCUCACUGAAGUCUGAGAUAUUCCUUUCGUUGAUAUUUGCUGUCCACAUUCAUGCAGCUAAAUAUAAGUUUUACAAGGACCUCAACAUGACACUUGUAUUUUCCCCAGUGGCCUGCCAAGGAUUAUUUGAAGUCCAUAGCAGAUUCACUUUGAGACCUAAUUCCUGUCCUCAUCAGCCUAUUGUUUCAAUACCAGUAAUAAUGCACACCUCACUGGAUUUUUGUUCUUUCCCACCAGUCCAGGGUUGCCAGAUUUAACAAAACAAAUAUAUAACAAAUUUGAAUUUCAGAUAAACAAGUAACAACCUUUAAAUAUACAUAUGUCCAGGAGCACCUGAGUGGCUCAGU